AUGACCGGGAUUUUGCGAUCGGAGUCGUGCGGCGUCGAGCUCGCGAUCGACGCGCGAUGGUUCAAGCUCGGGUCUUACUACAGGAAGGCGACGACGUACGCGUUGAUGAUGGCCGUCGCCGCGCCGCUGCAAAUUUACCUCCUCACGAGACAAGGCGAGCACUCCGACACGAACACCGGGUACGCGAAACUGUCGCUGCUGUGCGUGGGGAUGCAAGCCGUGUUGGACUCGUACCAGUGCUUGAUGCAUCUCACCGCGGGCAUCGUCGUGGACGCGUUGUUUCACUCGUUCGGCGCCGCGGCGUUUCUGCAGUUUGUCCUCUUCAGCGUCUUCGAGAUGCGGACGCUGCUGCAGAUUUGGAAGUCUCGGCGGCCGGGGGCGGAGCAAAACUGGCUCGAGAUGCGACGCGAUCUGAGCAUGCUGUACACGCGGUUCUACGCCGGGUUCUUGGCUGGUUUCUUCAUCAUGUAUUGGUGCCAGAAACGGCCGUGGAUCGUCGCCGUCGUCGCCAACAGCUAUUGGGUGCCGCAAAUCUUGUGGAACGCGUGGAACAACAAUAAGAAACCGAUGCACGCGGGAUACGUCGUGGGGACGUCCGUCAUACGUCUGCUCCUCCCGCUGUACGUGUUCGGGUGCCCGACGAAUUUCAUACGCAUCGAGCCGCAGUACUGGGUCUGUCUCGUGCUCGUGUCGUGGGUCGGCGCGCAAGUCUUCGCGUUGUACGCGCAACACGUCAGAGGACCGAGGUGCGUCUUCCCGGAGAGCUGGUUCCCGCCCGUGUACGACUACCACCGGGACGUCUCCGAGGACGGCGACGCCGGCGGCGUGGAUUGCGUCAUAUGCAUGGCGACCGUGGAGUGCGCGGAUCGGAACCAACGCGUCGUGACGCCGUGUAACCAUUUUUUCCACGAGCCGUGUCUGACGCGCUGGAUGGAGGUGAAGAUGGAGUGUCCGACGUGCCGCGGCGCGCUGCCGCCGGCGGAUUUUUGA